AACUGACCCUGUAAAAGAUGACAUCCCAGCCCCCAGCCCCCCCGGACUUCCUACAUCUUUGAGAAGAGGGAAAGAUGAAAUACAUCAAGUGGUAAGCACAUAGAAAUAUGUACAGAGUCCCAAGGGCUUCAGGGAGUAACUAUCCAACAGAAGACAAUGUCUGUAACAGUGGCAGCUCAGAAUCUGACACGCAACGACUUUUAGAGAGUUUGUCCCGAGGACAAAAUUCACUUGGCAGCUGUACAAACAGCCACCCUCUCUUCAGUCAUAAAGGCGAAAAUGCACAGUUUCCACACCCGCCCAAGAAAAGCAUCAUCAGGCUCAUCUGUAAUUUGAUAGUGCUAAUCGUAAUAACUCCAUUUUGCUUAGUGAAAAAACUCUACUGCGAUUUAUCAAGUGGAAGCUGUGCUCAGAAAAUCGUGUUUUGGGUGACCCUGUCCUCUUUGCUUUUUGGUGCUAUCUAUGUGGGACUGUUUGAUGGAAAUAUCUUUCAGCUAUUUGGCGAAGAAUGGAGAGGCUUCUCCAUUUGUGAUCUCAUCCAGGGUGAAACAAAAGAUCUGAGAUCCCUAAUGAAGGCUAAUCACAUUUUGGAAAGAAAGGCGCUUGAAAUGGCACCUCUGAAGGAGCAGGUAGUUAAGCUACAAUCGCAGCUUCAUGGUCUGAGAUUGGGUAUGAAGGCUAUCAGCUAUCAUGCUGUCAGCAAAGCAUUAGAAGGCUAUACCAGCAAAGGCAUUACAAGAUGGAGUACUGAAAAGAUGCUAAAAGAAUUAAUGGAAAAGCUGGAUGAAGAUGAUGUUCAAAUGCCUGAUUACGCCCUCAAAUCAGCAGGUGCCAGCAUUGUUCAGUCCAGAACCACUAGGAGCUACCGCCAUGAUGGAGGAAAAUACUUCUGGAUGUCAUUCAUUAUGCUUCCUUUCGUGAAGUCUCCAGAUGUAAUUCUUCAGCCUAAUUACCAUCCUGGAGACUGCUGGUCUUUCCCUGGAAAUCAAGGUGAAAUGGUAGUCAGGCUAGCCAAGGAAGUUAUUCCAAGAGCUGUUACAGUAGAGCACAUAUCUAAGAAAGUCUCCCCCACAGGAGAGAUCUCCAGCGCUCCCAAAGAUUUUGCCAUUUAUGGACUAAAAGAGGAAAAGGAGGAGCAAGGAAUGUUCUUAGGCCAGUUUGUUUAUGACACUGAAGGAGAUUUAAUUCAAACUUUCCAACUGAAGAAUGAAUCUUCUGAAUAUAUGAGCCAUGUGAAACUGAAAGUGUUAAACAACUGGGGCCACCCAAACUACACUUGCAUUUAUCGCUUCAGGGUACAUGGAGAUCUACAGUACAUCUAGAUAUUCUGCAAAUGGAGUAUAGAAACAGCCACAGUAGCACAACACUAAACUAUUGUGAGUUUGCUG